CAUGUGCGAGGCUCUUUACCGUGUUUCUGAUAUGUUUUUGAACGCUACCAUUAUUCACGUGUAUAACCAUGUGCUGCGUGCUGCUGUGCAGUAAAAUUUGAGGUUAUAAUGUUGAACUUCUGUGAUAUGAUUAUAUUCGCUUUUAUUGAUAUAUUUGUACGUACACUGUAAUAUACAUCAUAUUUUAAGCGUUAAUUAAAAACGCGAAAUGGGACGUAUUCAGCGUAAAGGAACGCUGGGCACUAAGAGCAAGAGUAACAAAUCUAAAUCAAUACAGAAAACGCGUAAACAAUUGCGUAAAGAGAAGAGGCAACAGAAGAAAAUAAGUAGAGCAACAUAUUAUCAAAGAAACAAAUCGAAAAAUCAGUUAGAGAAAACAUCGAAAAAUGAUGGUGAUGAAUCAAAAAUAAAAACGAAUGGUGACAUCAAUCAAGUAUCAUCGACGAAGACGCAAAAACGACGAAGGCCCAAAGACAUGAAAGAAGAAAAAAUACAAAAAAAUGUGAAGAAGCAAAGGAUGGUACAACUAAAGCAGGCCAAUCUGGAUGAGGACAGGACGAUUAAGCAGUUGGAAAAGCAAUUGAAGUUGAAUAAACGAAAGAGCAAAUCUAUUCCAAAGUCUUUUGUAUCAGAUGGAUUAGAUUAUCUUUUGGAUUUCUGUGAUUCAGAGAAUAGGAGUCACAUAGUUGAGACUGAAAAGCAAUUGUUAGAAACUGGAUUUAGUAAAGAAUUUGAAGAGGAUUUGAAUUUGGCUCUUGGUGAGAAUGAUACUGAAAAUCUACACAAAAAACAUGACAAGGAGGAUGUCUCAGAUGAUAAUGAAGAUUCUGAGCAAGAUAAUAAUGAAAAUUCUGAACAAGAUAAUGAAGAUUCUGAGCAAGAUAAUGAAGAUUCUGAGCAAGAUAAUAAUUCGGAUUUUGAACAAGAUUCAGAGAAUGAAAGUUUUUUAUCUGAUGAAAAUUUAAACGAAGAUAAUAGUGAAGAAAUUUAUGAAAAGACGAAUAUGAUAAAUACAAAAUCUAAAAAGUAUGCAAUAGAUGAAAAACAUGAAAUAGUAGACGAAGAGUCGAGUCACAGUAACAUAUCAGAGCAGUCAGAUGAUAACGAAAACUUGUGGGAAGACAUUUAUGGUAGGCAAAGAGAUAAAGAUGGCAAUAUUGUAGCAAAGAAAUAUGUACCACCUGCAGCACGCAUUACAAGUAAUAUUUCUUCCAAUGAUGAGAAAAUUCGUAGAUUAGAAAAACAACUGAAAGGUAUUUUAAAUAGAUUGGCAGAGCAAAAUAUGCACACCAUUGCAAUUCAGGUAGAAGAAAUGUAUAUGUCAAACAGUCGUAACAAUAUGAAUGUAAUGUUAUCCAAAUUAAUGAUGGAAAGUAUAAUUGCACCAUAUUAACUCCAGAUCGUAUUAACUCCAGAUCGACUUAUCUGUGAACACAUGAUGUUAAUCGCCAUACUACAUGCAAAUGUUGGUACAGAAGUUGGUGCACAUUUCUUGCUGACUGUUGUAAAAAAGCUUCAUCAUAUGUUGGGAGAAUCUCAUAGUGUUGAAAAUAAAAUGUUAGAUAAUAUAAUCCUUAUAAUUUCACAUCUCUACAAUUUCAAGGUAUAUGGUCAUCGUCUCUUGUAUCAAAUAUUAGAAAAACUAGCAGCAAAAUUUAUGGAGAAAGAAAUUGAACUGAUUUUAUUAAUCUUAAGGACAGUAGGUUUUCAGUUAAGGAAAGAUGAUCCAAUCGCUUUAAAGGAACUUAUAUUAAAGUUGCAGCAAAAGGCAAAUAAUGUUACUCUAGAAAACUCGAGAGUCAAAUUUAUGUUGGAUGUAUUACUGGCAAUAAAAAAUAAUAAUAUGAGCAAAAUACCUCAAUAUGAUCCAUCUCGGAUAGAUCACUUGAAGAAAAUUUUAAAAAGCUUUAUUCAUAAGGGCAAUAAUGUUACACAAUUUAAUGUAACUUUAGAGGAUUUACUAGAAGCUGACGAAAGAGGAAAAUGGUGGAUAGUAGGUUCAGCUUGGUCCGGUCUCAAGGAUAUUGGUAAAUUAGAAAAGAAUUCGGAAGAUAAAAAACAAAAGUACAGUGAGGAGAUAUUAGAGUUGGCACGAAAACAAAGAAUGAAUACUGAUGUCAGAAGAGAUAUUUUUUGCGUACUUAUGACAGCUGAAGAUUAUUUAGAUGCAUUCGAAAAAAUUCAUCAUCUUGGUUUGAAAAAUCAGCAACAAAGAGAAGUAAUUUAUGUUAUCUUCAACUGUUGCAUUCAAGAAAAGAAAUUCAAUCCUUAUUAUGCUGUAUUGGCGCAAAAGCUAUGUGAGUCUGACAGAAAAUAUCAGUUAACUAUACAAUAUGCAUUGUGGGAUAAGUUGAAAGCAUUAAAUGAUUUGAAUACAAAGCAGUUAACAAAUCUGGCAAAAUUUUUAACUUUUCUAUUCUUGGGCAAAGGUCUUCCUCUUUCCAUUUUAAAGGUGAUCCAAUUUAUGGAACUAGACAAUUUAACCAUGAGACUUGUACGACAAAUCAUGCUGGGAAUAUUAUUACAUGACAAUGAGGAGGCCUGUCUAGAAGUAUUUGGAAGAAUAUCUUUAUCUCCAAAGUUACAAACUUUCAAGGACAGUCUAAGAUUAUUUAUAAAUCAUUUUCUUGUAAAAAAUAUUUGUACUGCUGAAAACAUGCAGGAACGUAGUGAGUUAUUGAAAAAACGGGCGGUAUGUGUAGAUAAACUUUUAAGUACACGAGAGUCAAAACUUAUAUUUUAACUAAUAUUUUUAUAAUAACGAAUAUGUACAUAGAACAUACAUUUUAUAUGUAUAUAUUACAUUAUUAUACUGAAUUAUAAAUGUAAAAAAUAUAUUUGUGUUUAUACUUCUUGUAAAGUGUACUUAAUAUAAUAACAACAUUCAAAUUUU